GUUGUGUUGAGAGUGUUGAAGCGAGUACAGUGCACUCUUAUCGAAAAAAUCCACACCAGCUAUAUCAAAAAUUGUUUCUCAGCGUUUUAAUAUCAAUGACACUCCAACAUCUUUAAAAUAUCAGCAAUCGAAACUUAACAUACAAAUCAUCAAAAAAAUACUGCAAAAAUCUUCUCGGAGGAUCGGGAAAAAAUUGUAGAAACAAAAAUAAAUAAAUAAUCGAGUAUCGGGCGACGACUGGUGGUGGCAGUAUGUGCUACAUGAUCAAAAUGGCGGCCAUCACUUCACAUUGGCGGUGAACGUUAUCGAGAAAAGUCGACGAAAUCAGUGUUUAAUCGACAAUUCCCCCGCAAAAACAUAUUAAAAACAAUUAAUCCACGAAAAUCCGGAAGAUUUUUUGAUUACUUAAUCGCGACAUCUUUUCCUCCCAUAAAGUUUGCAAAUUCAUUGACACGAGGCCCAACGGAAGAACAUUGAGGAGGCGUGUGGUGAACACGUAAAAAUCACCGGAUCACAUUCGGUGAUUUUUAAAACACCAAAUCAACACAAACAGUCGAUAUAUCAUCGAGUAUUGUGCCUCAGCAAUGCUCGUUACUCACCUCAAUACAGUUCCUGACAGUUGUAUCGGGAUUAUCGUGAAGAGAGAAGACAAAGGGACGUCAUCAGUGGUGAGAUACGUCGCUAAUAACGCUUGUGACCCUCAAGUGAGGAGUCAUUAGACCCCUUGUAGACAAACCCAACCCCAAAAAUGAAAAUCGAUCGUAGCAGAUUGAAGAAGUGCACUUCGGAAGUGCCAGCAGAAUGUCAGGCACUAAUAAGCAAGCUACGAUCCUGCUCCCACACAGAGCUUCUGGAAGAAUUAAAGCAGAUAGAUGCCUGGACUUUCGGCAAGUGUGAAUUAUUUCACUGGAUCGAUGUCCUCGAUCUCAGUGACAGCAUCCUCGAGGAGGCAUGUGCCCGUAGCCCAGAUAAUCCCUGGGAGCUGGCAUGUGAUCUACCCCAAAAUAGAGAAGCAAAGGAGCUUCUCCUCUGGGUCCUUCACUUUACAACUCUUUUGAUAGAGCACUCAUUUUCUCGUCACCUGUACAACAGCAUGGAGCACCUAGUAACCCUACUCUCCAGCUGCGAUAUGCACGUGGUACUGGGUGUCCUCAAUCUUCUCUAUAUGUUCAGCAAAAGAAGCAACUUUAUCACGCGUCUGGGCAAUGACAAACGCCAGGCAUUGCUUAGUAGAUUGAAUCAUCUUGCUGAAUCCUGGGGAGGAAAGGAGAAUGGAUUUGGCCUAGCAGAUUGCUGCAAAGAGCACCCUGACAAAGCAUUCCCAGUGAGUGCUACAACUCUACACUUCGAGUACUACGCAGAGAACCCAACGACAUCUGCAGAAACCCCCUCUACCCCCAAUUUGCGUAAAACCAGUCAGACUAAUCUCGUUACUUACAUUCACAUUGAGAAUGUCGAUAAACUUGGAAAAACACCGGCCCAGAUAAUGAACGAUCUUCUGAAAUACUACAAUGUCCCUCAAGAUCGACAAAUGGCACUGUUCACCCAUAUAAGACUCGCUCACAGCUUUUCAGACUAUCGAAGACGUCUUCAGUGUGUUCAGGCUCGUCUUCAAGCCCUCUCAGUUCUAGUUUAUAGUCAUGCUCUUCAAGAGAAUGCCCACAGCCUUUUGCAUGCAGGUCUACUCGAGGAACUCGUUGAGCUCCUGGAACUACCACAUCAACACUUGGUGGAAAUUCGAGCAGCUGCGCUGAGGGCAUUAACGAGUAUAAUUCACCUGGACAGAAAUCCCCAUUUCCCCAAGAAACCGGGAUCACGCCUCAAUAUGAUUAUAGACGUCACUGGAGCCAGUUCGUAUCACGGAUUUUUACCUGUCCUCGUCAGAACCUGCAUCACAACACUCACAUCUCCACAGCCAGAUGGACAGCCCUUCCCAUUACCUCUGGCAACAGCCCUCUUCAGUUUUCUGUACCAUCUGGCAAGCUAUGAAGCUGGUGGGGAAGCUCUUGUAUCAUGUGGCAUGAUGGAGAUUCUUCUUAAAGUAAUAAACUGGCCUGGGAGUGAACUUGAGCACAUCACAUUUGUAACUCGUGCUGUCCGAGUCAUUGAUCUGAUCACUAAUAUUGAUAUGCAAGGAUUUCAAGCACACGGAGGUCUUGGUAGUUUUAUCAAUCGACUGGAUAUGGAGGUCAAUGUUUGCAGGAAGGAACAGCCCUUCGAGAUUGAGCCACACAUGUAUAAUCAGGAUGUGGUACCGAUGACAGAGAAGUCUGAGGGGCCGGAGGAAGCUGGGCCCUCUGGGACCACCAGUGCAACGGUCGACGAGCGUGAGGAGACGUCCAAUCCCAUGGAAUUCUCAGAGGAUGAGAAUACAAACUCCAAAUUCGAGAGUAAAGUGGACCAGAGGAGUGAGAGCUCUGGGCGAUCAGGAAAGACUUGUCUGCCUCAGAGAGCUGCUCUUCUAAAAUCCAUGUUAAAUUUUUUGAAAAAAGCUAUUCAAGAUCCUGCGUUCUCCGAUAGCAUCCGACACGUAAUGGAGGGGGAGCUCCCUUCCUCCUUAAAACACAUCAUCAGUAAUUCAGAGUAUUAUGGACCCUCUCUGUUUCUCUUGGCGAUCGAUGUCGUAACAGUCUACGUGUUCCAAGAGCCGUCAUUACUGUCAUCCCUCCAGGAUAAUGGUCUCACUGACGUUGUUCUUCAUGCAUUAUUGAUCAAAGAUGUACCAGCUACUCGAGAAGUGUUGGGAUCACUUCCAAAUGUCUACAGUGCACUCUGUCUCAAUCAGAGGGGUCUACUGUCCUUCGUUAAAAGACGUCCCUUUGAGAAACUCUUCAAAGUCCUAAUCUCUCCGACGUAUUUAUCAGCUAUGCGGAGACGUAGAUCUGCAGAUCCUCUUGGUGAUACUGCUUCCAAUCUGGGUAAUGCCAUGGACGAACUUAUGAGGCAUCAGCCCAGCUUGAAAGUCGAUGCUACAGCAGCUAUUAUCAAAUUACUGGAGGAGCUAUGCGUUCUUGGGUGUGAUCCCAGAUAUGUCUGUUACAGAGCUGCUAAUAAAUCUGAGAAUUCUCCAUCUAGUUCUAAUUCUGGAAGUCGACAGUCAUCAGGGCAAUCAGUGGGGGUAGGAGUUGGGGAUAAUGGGACGGGUGGAGGAGGAGGUGGUGGCAGUAGCAGUGAUGAAGAGGAGGAGGAUGAGGAGGAAGCAAGUACGAGUUCUCAUCCCCAAAGGGACGAGCAGCCUUCACCAUCUCCAGUACAACCUGGACCACCUCCUCAACAGCCCCGAGAGAAAACUCCGAUAGCACUCGUGGAUUACAUUCACAAUGUCAUGAAAUUUGUGGACGCUAUAUUGAGCAAUAACUCCACUGAUGACCACUGUCGUGAGUUUGUUGCACAGAAAGGGCUAGUUCCACUUCUGUCGAUCCUCGGACUGCCCAAUCUACCUGUAGAUUAUCCAGUGGCACAAGCCGCUCAAUCAGUUGCAUCAGUUUGCAAGAGCAUCCUCAAUCUUGCUCAUGAACCACUAGUAUUGAAAACUGGAUUGUUACAGUUAAACGAAGUUCUUAAUCUUCUGAAACCACUUCAUAGUCACAUGGAGUCUCCAGGGGGUUCGGUUCUUCUGCAUGAAUUGGCUUCUGCUCCCAAUCUGGAGUCAGCUUUCACUAGUGACACUGCGACCCCACUUCUCCAUGCUAUGAAUGCAGCCCAUGGAUAUGUCGUUAUGUUCGUCCAUGUUUGUAGGACAAGUCAAACAGAAAUUAGAAAUUUGUCAAUGGAUAAUUGGGGCUCUGAGCUAGGACUAUCGGUUCUCCAAGGAUUGUCAGAACUUUACAUGUCAUUGGUCUGGGAGAGCACUCUUCUAUUGGCUCUUUGCAGUGAUGGCAGCAUUCCUCCUGGCUGUGAUUUUGGUAAAGAAGAUAUGGAUAAAUUAAUUCCAGCUGAAUUGAGAGAUGCCGAUGCAUCAACUUGGCCCAGUACCUCGGCUGGGGACAUGGGAAGCAAUGGUAUGACAACAGCCAUGGAAGCACUCAGUACAGAUCCACCUCCCGUGUCAAUGGAGGUUGAUGAUAAACCCAGCACCAAUACCACUGGACGAGCAUCUCCAAGUGCUCAUCAACUCAAAUACAUCAAACCUCUAUUGGGUGCCUCAUCCAGACUGGGAAGAGCGCUGGCCGAACUUUUUGGGCUCUUAGUUAAACUCUGUAUGGGUUCACCCAUUAGACAGAGACGAGGACAGCAAUUCUCUACGAUGCCUACUAUUCCCAACGCAGCUGCACGUGGUGUCGCUUGUGCAUUAAAUCUCCUUCUCACGAGGGGUCUCUCCUGGGACAAAUUGCCACCCUCCCCAAUUCCAAAAUUCAAGCUCACUUUUCUCAUUUGUUCAGUGGGCUUCACAUCUCCAAUGUUAUUUGAUGAAAAACGACAUCCUUAUCAUCUGAUGCUUCAAAAAUUCGUGCAACUUCAGGGUCAGAAUGCAUUCUUCUCCACUUUUCGUUGGGCAUUAUCUGGCGGUGGACAGUUCUCUCUGUCAGAGGGUCUGGAACACCCUGAUCUUCCCGAUGGAACUGGGGAAUUUCUAGAUGCCUGGCUGUUGCUCUUGGAAAAAAUGGUGAAUCCCAAAGCCAUUCUAGAUUCUCCUCAUGUUGGAAUGCCCAAGUGCACAGGUGUCUACAAUCCUUACAAGUCCUUGGAUCCCAAAAAAUACCUUCAGGAUGUCCAUAAGAAGGCGUUUGAAGCUGUUAUGCUGAUGUGGGGGAAGAAACCUCUCAAGAAUUAUGGAGCUAGAAUGACUGAAUCAAUUCUGUCGAUCUUGAGGCACAUUCUGAGAGGGGAGAAAAUCAUAAAAGAGAGAACUGAAGAGAAGGAAGGUACGGAGGAGACUUCAGGAACGAGUACGAGUGGCACAGCCACCACUAGAACAACUACCACCGAGAGACGAGAGGAUCCUGAAGCUGAUAUCAAUCCAGAGUACCUGAGACAACUCAUGGAUAUGGGAUUCAGCCGAGCCAAUUGUGUCGAAGCACUUCUGCAUCAUCCGACAGUUGAACAAGCCACUGACCAUCUCCUUUCACAUCCAGCCUCUCUUCGCAGGCGAGAGGCAUCUGCAGGUGACACUUCUGCAGGACCUGUGAUGGAUCUCGAUCUCGUUGAUGACCAGAUUAUGUAUGCCAUUGUAAUGAGUCUUGGGGAUAACGAUCCCAAGAAGGCACCUGGUCCUGAAGAACCAAUCAGGGACACGCCGAUCACCCAGACAAUCGACGAUUUUACUUCAACUGCUCUUAAGCAGUGUCUCAAUCUUCUGGAUCUCAUGCCAGACACUGUCUACCGAGUUUGUGAUCUCCUUGUUACGAUUACCAAACGAAAUGGGGAUGAAUGGAGGGACAAGAUGCUCAGACAUCUCAUGAAAGAGAUCGACGAGCUCAUGGAUCAUUUGAUUGGAAUUGUACAAUCCCAGGAUGAAGAUGCUGGUAUCAAACUCGUGGAGUGUGAGGAGGCCACUAAAAUAGCUGGCAGGAUCUAUCUUUAUACUCUUUUCUUCGAGGGAAAUUUCCAGGAGAUGAGGGUACCCUGUGCACAGAUUGUUAACGAAUGUGGAAUCCUCGAUCAGUUGGUUCGUCUUCUUGUGAUAAGUGAAACUCCCCUCACAGCGAUGAAAAACAAACUAGCUAAAGAGAGCAAGGAAGGACAACCAAUUGUCGCUAAAACUCCUAAAUGGCUCGCUCCACUUUUACUUCUUAUCGAUCGUCUUGAAAAAGUUGCUGUUCUCACUCAACGAAAGCAACUCAUGCACAAAGUCACCAACAGAGUCUGGAAGUGGUUCGAUUUGAGCACCGGAAAGUGGACUCCAUAUUCAUCGGUCAAUAAUCGACUUAUUAAUGAUGCUUACUGGGCUGGAGAGUCCAGUGUGAGGAUAAACUGUUCCAGGAGAAGAUAUUUAAUCACAUUCUCCUGUAUGACACAGGUUAAUGAGGAUAGUGAUAAUAGGAGGCCCAUAACCAUGGGCUUUAAAUUCCAAAAUACUGUGACUAAAGACUCUAGCUCCAGUUCUGAUUCGAAUAUGGAUACAGAAGAGACUACACCGGAAGAAAAACGAAAUACAGUAAUUGAGGGCUUAAAUCCUAGUAUUGCUCCAAGUAUUGUCAGAGCCUGUGUAAAACUUCUCGCAAUUCCUGUAGACAGGGACACCCUACAUGCUUUGAUGAAAGUCUGCUUACGAUUGACUCGGGAUUAUAAAAAUGCUGAGGUGUUCGCCAGAGAGGGAGGCGUUCAAUUGCUUCUAGACAUGACUCAGGCCAAUAGUUUCAUCGGUUGUAUAGGCCUCAGCACUCUUCUGAUUCGUCAUACCUUAGAGGAACCCAGAACCCUUCGUUUAGCCAUGGAGAAGGUCGUCAGGAGUAAAACUCAAGCGAACAUCCCUCCAGCUUACAAAGAAAUUCUCUUCAUGACGAGACAGAUCAGCAGCGCUGUGUGCAGGAAUCCUGAGGUCUAUCGAGAAGUAUGUGAAAACAUUCUCAGGGUUGACAUAAGUGUCCUGAAAAGGGAUGAUGAUGAUAAUCGUUUAGUGGUGAAGGCAUUACCACCAAAUCACUCAUCAGCAAUGCCAAUGGCAGAGGACGUGGCAGUUUCAGUAAUUCACAAUCUACUGAAUGCUCUUAUCAAACCAGUCCCUGUAUUUCCUGAGGACAACACCACGACCCCUACUGGUAGCCCCGAGAAGAAAACAACAACAUCGACUUCAACCACUCUUGUAGUCUCGUCAUCGUCGUCCAGACGUAACGAAGGGGUUCGAUGCAGCAUAGCUCCUGCAAAUGGACCUCUGGACGAUGAUGACCAGAUAGUCCCCCUUAAGAUGUCCACUGAUUAUCUGAAUAACGGAAAGGUCGAGCCCGAGGAAGCUAAAAAGCCCCUCCUUCCUAAAUCAGCAAUUCUCAAGAUGUUGGCGGAAGCAGUAAGAUCUUACGGAGCUGUGGCUAAUUUAAUUACUGAACACAGUUAUCGAGCUGGGCAGAGUGAAAUGGUCCCCGAAGACGUGACGGCACUUGCCUUCCUUCUUGAUAAACUAUUACCAGUUUCUCCUGAGAAUUCUAGUGAUAGACAGUGCAGCAGCAUGGCUAGGAUGCUAAUCGCUGCUAUUGCCUCUUGCAAUCAUUCUCCAGAUGCUCAAUCUAGUCUGGUUACCGAGGUGAAGGCUGCUUUAACCAGGACCUUAGCACAACCUGAGAGCUCUGAGAAACAUGCCCAAUUGCAACUGCUUAUUGGCCUCAUAUCUACGAUGAUUGAUAGUUGUCCACCAACAUCUCAUUCUCAACUUCGAACUCCAUUGAAAGUCCAUCAGUACAAUAACGUUAAUUAUAUCGUUAGAAUUAUGCUGAGAAAGGGAAUCAUUACGGAUCUUGCAAAGAUUCCUCACAGUCUUGAUCUCUCCAGUCCUUACAUGGCUGGUACCAUCAAUGCUGCGUUGAAGCCGCUGGAGACCCUUUCCCGAAUUAUCAAUCAGCCCAUGCCAGGAACAGUCAACAAUAAGUUUCCUAAACCGAAGAAUAGGACUAUACAAGAAGAACCUAUUGGCGAUCAAACUGGAACUACCACUUCGGAUGCUACUCAUGCUGUUGGAGAAGAGGUUAAUGAGGACGCUGAAAAUACUGAACACGAUAUAUCUUUAAAUGCAGAGAGCUUGGAACCGACAUCUGAGGGCCAGGUACAUGAAGAAGGAGAUGAAGCUGCUCUAGAGGAUAUCAUGGAUCAGUUGCUUGAGAGUGUUUUGUUCCCCAGGGACGGCUCCGCCGUUACAGAAGAACCUACUUCUCGUUCCCAUCGACCUAUGGAUAUUGACGAUGAAAGUCUUGCUAUGAGAGAUACCGAAGGGGAUUUCGAUCCCACGAGGGAUACAACCGUAAGAGAGGACUUGAUGAGUUCGGAUUCCGAUUCAGAUUCAAAUCCUUCCGAUGACAAUGAAGACGACGUUCAAGACGACGAAGAUGAAGAAGAAGAAGAGGAGGAGGACGACGAUGGUGAAGAGAAUGAGGAAGAAGAGGAGGACGAAGAAGAAGGCUCCUCAAACUAUGAAGAAGACGGUAUAGACUACUAUGAGGACGUUGGUGAGGGAAUAUUCAGAAUGCUACCAUCAGCCGAGAGAGACGGUAGUAAUGUUGUCAUGAUUCAACAUAAUUUUGAUAAUCACGAGAACAAUUCCACUACUCCAGCAUCAACGAGACAAAAUCAUCCCUGGAGUGCGAGUUUUCCUCUGCCCCUGGGCUUAUUUGAAGAUCUUCCAUCGGUGUCAGACAGCAAUGGUACAUACCCAAUGCUGAUGACCCCGGGGAGUCUUGAUACUGCGAACACACGGGCACAGAGAUCAAUUCGUCAGAGAAGGUAUCAAUACCUCCAUUUAGCCAACUCUAGGAACGCAAAUCCCCCGGUUAUUCUUCAAAGACUGCUAGUCCCAGCAGCCCAGAGUCUGCCAAUAUCAGCAACUCAAAUGUUGGCAUCAAACUUCAGAGACACUAGGGUCGUUCUCAUGGACAACAAUGGUCUUGGAAUAUUUUCAAACCAAGAGGAGGAGCAAAUUGAUUUUGUGGAUCAAUCCGGAUAUCUGUUCGGUCCUAGUUUAGCAGCAACACUCAACAACAUCCCCACCGCUCUUCACUGGUGGAUCGAAGAAAGCAAGCAGCUGGAUGGGGAUUCUCAGCCAGAUUGCUGUGUUGGAGUUGUCCACAAGCUCGUUGCUGGUCUUGAGAAAUACCGAAAUGCUGAACUCGCUGAGAGAAAAGACAAACGGAAAAAGCAACAUCCCGAAAAAGACACUGACAAAGAGACCAAAGAGAAGGAGAGUGUGAAGCCACGUGAAUCAAAUUCAACAAUGCCUCCAGUAGUUGAGCCAGAACAGCCAUCAGGUUCUUUCCUUCAAAUGGCUGCUGAUAAUGGUCUUGAUGUAUCAAGGCGUCUUGCUGACGCAGUGGAGGCAGCUGUAGAGGCAGUUCGGCAAGAGCGCAAUCGAGACGAAAAUAUAAUUGAAGUAACUGGGGACAUGGAGGUAACUCUACCCGAGGACGAAGUCAGGGCUCCAUCACCACCAACUCCACCACCACCCCCACCACCUGAGGACAACAGACCGACUCUAGCUGAUCAUCAUGCUACUCUGGAAUUAGCCGAAAGCAUUCUUGAUUCUGUUCUCCAUCCCAGUGCUGAGGAAGCAACGAGACUGCGAAGAUUGACGACUAAUCGAGAGCCAGAUGAAUUGAAUUUAAAUCGUCCGAAUAACUGGUCAAUUCUGAAUGACUUUGCUCAAUCAACUCCCGAGGACGAAUCGACUCCCAGAGAAUCCAGGGAUCCAAACACCUGGGUCCACAGAUUCCUGGCCCUCGAGCAAUCGCGAAGAGAGAACAAUGCUAAUGUACCACCUCUGGAUACUUUAGCAUCAUCAUCAUCAUCAGCGGAAAAUGUUCCAGUGACUGAUCAACCUUCGUCUACUCAAGUUCCAGAGCCUCAAAUCCAAUCCCAGCCAGAACAACAACCAGCUGCUUCGCAAGAUCCACAACCCACUCAAGUGAUCCCUCAGACCCCCGAGGAACAGCCACAGGGCUCUGCAGGUCAACAACCAUCUUCAUCAGACUCACAGAUUCCUGAUGGAGUCGAUCCUUCGUUCUUAGCUGCUCUCCCUGAAGAAAUGCGAGAUGAAGUGAUCGCUGAACAACUCCGACUCCAGAGGAAUCGUCAACGAGCUCAAGCUACUGUUGUAGAAGAAGGCACAGGCCCGGUUGAAGUAAAUCCUGAGUUCCUAGCUGCAUUGCCCCCAGCUAUUCAAGAAGAAGUCCUAGCUCAACAGAGAUUGGAACAGCAGAGACAUGCUGCUGCCUCUGCAAAUCCAGCUGAUCCGGUAGAUGCUGCUGCAUUUUUCCAGAACCUCCAACCAUCAUUGAGACAGGCAAUCCUAACAGAUAUGGAGGAGUCUCAAAUGUCGGUUCUUCCACCAGACCUUGCUGCAGAGGCCCAGAACCUCAGAAGACAAUGGGAGGCGACAAAUCGUCACAUGAUACAGGAAAGAUUUUUGACACACGUCAGCCAGGGGAACACCACACUCUCCAACAUUCUCAGAAGUUCUGGGAGGGGUCGUGGGAACCCUAGGUAUGCAAUCUCUGGUGUUACUCCACGAGGACAGUGGAGCUCCUGGAACCAACGAGGGGACACAACUUUAGGACAUCAAAGUACUGGCCUUAGACUUCGUGGAAGACAACUGCUUGAUCACGAGUCAAUGGCCUGUCUUUUGGUACUUCUGUUCGUUGACGAGCCUAAGAUCAAUACGCUCAGAUUACAUAGGGUUAUCAGGAACCUCUGCUAUCAUGGUAGCACGAGAGAAUGGGUUGUUAAAGCCCUUUUGAACAUCAUGGAACGAAGUAAUGAUGAGAAUAAAGAGAUUCUCACUGAUUUUACUGGAAAAUUCAAACGAAAAUCAGUUCAUCCAGCUAUCGACUACUGCUCUCCUAAGUUAUCAGAAUCCAGGAAUAAUGUUCAAUCUUGGUUGAAUAUUAGUAUUGACGCAGCUCUGGGUUGUCGUGCCAAUGUCUUCCACAUCGUUAGACAUGGAUCUAAGAAGGCUGAUCGCCAGGGGAACGUCAUUGCUAUUCAUCCACAAGCAGCACCGGCUGUUUGUAGGCACACCUUAGAGUUACUGAUAUCAUUGGCAAAAAGCUUCCCAGGAUAUUUUGUUCCAACCAAAUCUAAAGAAGAGGAAAAAUUAAAGGAGAAAGAAUCUAUUGUUAAAGAGGAGAGUGGAGCCAAGAACAAAACGACAUCUAAAUCAACAAAAACAGAAAUGCCAGACUUUUGGGAUAUGCUUUUAAAGCUCGACUCGUGUGCCUCGAAGAAGGGAAAAUCAGUUGCUAGAACUCAUUCGAAUUUGGCUAUUGGGGCUGAACCUGAACAGUCUCUAACAUCAUUUGAAUCGUCAGCCUUUGGGGGAUUGAUAUCAAUGCUCCAUUGGUCUGUUGUCAAGAGAAGCUCUCAACUGACUGACAAACUUCUUCGCCUACUCUCUCUUAUCUCCAUUGGACUGACAGAAGUGAAUCCCUACAGGAGACAAGAUGCAAUCAAGAAUAAGAAGAUUGAGCCAAGUAAAGAGCAGAGUGUUGCUGCACCUGAGGGACAUCUGAGACUAGCCGUCCAGGUUCUGACAAGUAAAAGUUGCUCUGAAGAGGGUCUUGAGGAUGCAACUGCACUUCUGUUGAAUCUCUCCCACUGUCCAGAUCCUACAAGACAACUGAUUCUCAAGCUCCUCCUGGAAGGGGCCAUGGAACUAGCCAAUAUGGUUUGCGAACAUAUCAAUGAAUUGAUGAAAGAGCUGAAGGUAUUGAACCGGGAAUUGAGGAGAAGAAAUUCGCUUGAAGAACAGCCAUCGACCAGUGGUGGACCCACACGAGGUAUUCUCAUGGACAGAUUUACCAUGGACAAUGUCAUUGUCACUGCUCCAGCUAAAGUCAAAGCAGCAACUGAUCUACAAUUACCAUCGAUGAGUGCACUCGUCAGCAAGACAUCUAGUCAAGCAUUUUUCUUACGUAUACUCAAAGUUAUUGUGCAGAUCAGGGAGGCUGUUAAUUUGGCGAAUAAGAAGAAGAAUGAGAGUACCCAAGGAACUAGUGAGACGGCCAUGGACACUGCUAAUACCUCGCAGGUGCAGGAGUCUGCUGUUGAUGACAAUGCUACCGCGGAUAACUCAGCUAUGGAGACUGCUCAACCUGCUCAGGUUGAGCCACCACCGAAGGCCUCCAAUUCGAAAACUGAAGAGGAUAAGUCGACUCUACCACUCUUGAGCGAGAGCUUAGUUCUGGAUAAUUUAUGGGAGACUCUCAGUGCUUGUCUUCUAGAGCUAGAACACACACCUGAUCACCAUGCAGUCCUGGUUCUUCAGCCAGCCGUCGAGGCAUUCUUCUUGGUUCAUUCAUCAUCAAGCACUUCCUCCAAGGAUCGUAAUAACGAAACUAAUAACGAGACACGAGAGGCUGUUGCCGACAUGGCACCAGUCUCUCCAAUAUUCCCAGAUAGUGACGUAACCUCUACGAAUGAAAUUUCGACUAACUCGGGGGCAUGGGACCUGGCACCCGCACCUACGAAGACAUUACCAUCUGAUCAGUUAAAGUUCUUGAAAUUCGCUGAAACCCACAGGACUGUUUUAAAUCAGAUUCUUAGACAGACAACGACACAUCUUGCUGAUGGACCCUUCAGUGUUCUCGUAGAUCAUACCCGGGUACUAGAUUUUGAUGUGAAAAGAAGGUAUUUCAGAACGGAAUUGGAAAGAUUGGAUGAGGGAAUCCGGAGGGAGGAGCUUGCGGUUCACGUUAGGAGGAGCCAUGUUUUCGAGGAUUCCUUUAGGGAACUUCACAGAAGAAAUGCUGAUGAGUGGAAGAACAGGUUUUAUAUCGUAUUCGAGGGAGAGGAGGGCCAGGAUGCUGGGGGACUUCUCAGGGAGUGGUAUGUCAUCAUCUCCAGAGAGAUAUUCAACCCCAUGUAUGCAUUGUUCACUGUCAGCCCUGGGGACAGGGUUACUUACAUGAUUAAUUCUUCAUCCCACUGCAAUCCCAACCACCUUUGUUAUUACAAAUUUGUCGGGAGAGUCAUUGCCAAGGCUAUUUAUGAUAACAAGUUGCUGGAGUGCUAUUUCACCAGGAGCUUCUAUAAACAUAUACUUGGAAUUUUGGUAAAACACACGGAUAUGGAGAGCGAAGACUACAGCUUCUACAAGGGGCUUGUUUAUUUAACUGAAAACAAUAUCACAGAUCUGGGAUAUGAGCUGACUUUCUCUGCUGAAGUUAAUGAAUUUGGAGUGAAUGAUGUGAGGGAUUUAAUUCCCAAUGGAAGGAAUAUUGUAGUUACGGAGGAGACCAAGUUGGAGUAUAUCAGGCUGGUCUGUCAGAUGAAGAUGACUGGAGCUAUUCGAAAACAAUUGAACUCAUUCUUGGAAGGAUUCUACGACAUUAUCCCAAAACGACUAAUUUCAAUAUUUAAUGAGCAAGAACUCGAGCUUCUUAUAAGUGGCUUACCAAAUGUCGAUAUCGAGGAUCUAAGAGCUAAUACCGAGUACCAUAAGUACAGUCCCACUUCACUACAGAUUCAGUGGUUCUGGCGUGCUCUCCGUGGAUUUGAUCAAGCCGAUAGAGCUAAAUUCCUUCAAUUUGUAACGGGAACGUCGAAGGUACCUCUUCAAGGCUUUGGGGCACUUGAAGGCAUGAAUGGUGUACAGAAAUUCCAGAUUCAUCGGGACGAUCGUUCAACUGAUAGAUUUCCGUCCGCACAUACAUGUUUCAAUCAACUCGAUCUGCCAGUCUACGAAACAUAUGAUAAACUGCGUAGCAAUCUACUUAAGGCAAUCCAUGAGUGCAGCGAAGGCUUUGGAUUUGCAUAAAUUGUUUUUACGAAGCUAAAGAAUCAUCUGGUAUUAGCAAUUAUUCAAUAUCUUCAUAAAUUGACACCCGGCCCCCGCCAGAGAGAAGAAAAAAAACUCGUAAAAAUCGAGGAAAUUCAAAGUGAAAUGCGCCAAUCGUUUUGUUCGUUAUUUUGAAAUAUUUUUUUUACACAAUAUAAAGAGCAACCACAAGUUGAUCAAUGAACUAUUAACCGAUGUCAUGAAUAAUUCAACGCGGUAAUCGAUUGAUAUACAUAAUUAACUAAAGCGUAUGUACAUACAUGUACUCAUUUUGGGGGGAUGUAAUUAUAACUGAAUCACUGUGCAACGCUUCCCAAAUGCCAGAGUUUAUUUUGUUGAAGAAAAAAAAAACUGAUGAAAAAACGAUAAAAAAAACGUAAUAAGUAAAUUUUUGCAAACGUUUGUGCAGAGCUUAAAGUUGACUUGAAAAUAGCGAAGAAAGAUAAAACAUUGAUUAAAAAAAACAAUAAUGGAGACUUUAGUUAAGGACUCGGUGGUAAGAAUUAACAAUUAAGUUCAUUUGUAAGCAUUAAUUAAUAAAGAAAAUUGAAAAAUAA